CGCAAGCUGAUAGUAAACAACAAACCGCGAUUUCACCCUCCAUCCACUCCUUCUUUACCUCGAACCGACCAGAUCCUUCAGAAAACAUGGCGCCCACGAAGCCGAAAAACAAAUCCCAGAAGGACAAGGCGAAGGCUCGCGCCAGAGGCGCCGCUCAACCGUCCAACGUGAACGCUAGAGAACUGCUGAACAAUGCGAGUGCGAUGCUCGAGGUUGGCGACAUUGAGAAUGCGGCAAAGACGGCAAAAUCUGCCUACAAGGCAAUUGGCGAAGAGGGAAAACUCGCUGGCGCCGCUCUUUCCCUCUUGGGCCAUAUCUACGUCGAGCUGGGCGAGAUCGAAGCCGCCCGCGAGUUCUUCUUUGCUGCAGUCAAAACAGACGAGGAUGGCACACUUCCCGAGGAUGUUGCUGGGGGCCCCGAAAAGUUUUUGUGGCUUGCGCAGCUCAGCGAAGAAGGCGGACAAGACAGCGUUUCCUGGUACGAUCGCGGUGCCUCUGCUUUGCGCCUCCAGAUCCAGACUCUAAGCGACGAGCUUGAGAAGAGGCCCCACGGGAAGGAGCAGCAAGAGGUUCUCAUUACCGAAAAGAAGAGACGACUUGCGGCAAUUCUCUGCGCCGUGGCAGAGGUUUACAUGACCGAUCUGAGCUGGGAAGAGGACGCCGAGCAGCGAUGCGAAGCUCUCAUCACCGAGGCCAUAAUGCUAGCACCCGAGCUGGCCGACACCUGGCAAACCGUUGCCAAUGUUCGCAUCUCCCAAACAAGGGUGGACGAGGCCAAGGAGGCUUUGAGGCGGAGCAUGGCACUGUGGGAACUCCUUGAGCCCGAGGAUCCCAACGUGCCACAGUUUCCUACUCGGGUAAGCUUGGUCCGACUGCUGAUUGAGGUUGGAAUGGAGGAGAAGGCGAUAGACGUCGCAGAGCGCUUGAUCAUUGAAGAUGACCAAGCUGUGGAGGUCUGGUAUCUAAGUGGCUACGGCAGAUAUCUUCUGGGCGAGAAAAUCAAGAGCGGAGAACUGCAAGCUCCCGAGGGUGAGACAUGGCAAGAUAUCUGGCGCUUGUCGCGCAAGUACCUUGCCCAAUGCCUCCGGACAUACACGGCCAUCGAGUACGAAGAUGAAAGGCUUGGAGCACACGCACAAGAAUUGCUGGACUCCAUUAGGGGUGAACUUGGUGUUGUUGGCGCUGAGGAAGAUGAGGUUUGGGAAGAUACAGACGUUGAGGAAGAUGAAGAUGAGGAGAUGAGUUAAAUGGCCCCAACUGGCUUCGUCUCGUUUGUCUUCUAACCAUACCACCUCAAGCUGUGGCGUCUUUUUCAGGCAAACUUGUUAUGGCAUAUUCUGGAGUCUGGUUAAGAGGGGAAAAAAAAGCAAUGUUCAGGAUUGGUUUUCACAUGGGUUAGGUAACGUGUAUACUUAGAGC